UAUGGUGUUUGACAUGGUACCCAGGAAGAAAAAAAAAAGAAAGAAAAAAGCCCUCGUGUGGGCGGAGGAAAAGCCUCGUAUUUUGUCCGUCGUGAAAUUUGAUUCAGAAGUUCGGGAUCCUGGAAGACAAAAAGCAAACGGAGGGGGAGGGAAAAGAAAAAGCACAGACACUCACGGAGGAGAGAGAGAGAGUGAGUGUGUGUGUGCUUCUUUUUGUUUUUUAUUCUAAACUCACCACACAGACUCUGCAGCAGCCGCGACUCAAGCUGAGUGACUAUGAGCACCUCAGGGCUUCAGGUCACCAACCGGCAGAACGUGAAGGAGCUCGACAGCAUGAAGGAGUCCAUAAGUGAUAUUAUCAACCAGCUCCAGGACAUAGACCCGGCCAGACUCUCCUUCUCCCCGUUCCUGGACCUGGACACUCAGAUCUCUCUGGCGCCGGUGUCAGACAGCCCCGAGUCCUCGAUGGAGGAGCUGCACUCGUCCUCCCACUCUGUCACCGGCUCCCAGCGCUCCCUUGAAGCACCACCAACAGCGCAUCAGCCAAAGAAGUCUGCUCGCUGCCACCAGCAGCCCAGUGACGGCCUCCCACUAGAGCCACGAGUGGAUCAGACAGAGGAGGGGGAACUGGAUCCAACUUUUUCCAGUCCGAUCAUCACAGCGCACAACUUGGACGCUGUCGCGGAAAACUGCGUCAGCACUCCAAACCCAGCCUCUCAGGGAGACCUUCCCAACGGCACAGACACACCGAAAUGGAGUCCAGAAUCCACCAAUCUGGACUGCACCGUGGACGAGGGUCGCCCGCUGUUAAGCCCGCCUCCAGAGAGUGUGGAGCUCACAGUGUGGAGCGCAGACGGACGGCAAGAGACUUGUGACGCCACAGAGGAGGUUUCAGAGCGGGGACGAUGCUGCUGCCGCUGCUGUCAGUGUAAAUGCUGUCAGAGCGGUCGAGUUCCCGCCUUCUUCUCGGCCCUGGCCUCUCUUCUUUGUGCAGCUGGGAUCCUCUAUGCACUCUAUUUCUACGUCCCCAUCAAACCUCCAGAAUGCCCUGACAUAGCCAGCCGCAUCAUCUUCACCUUCUGCUGCUGUGUGGUGGCGGCCGUCCCCAUCCUGCUCGCGAUGCUCGUGGGCACAGUGUACCAGUUCUGCGCUGGCUCCUUCAAUCUGCACGAGCCGUUUUCAAGAAGACGGACACUUCAGCGGCUGUUUGUCACAUCGUCCUUGGAACAGCUUCUCCUCUAUGUCCUCAACCUCGUCGUCAUGGCAGCUCUGCUGCCUCAAGACGAGCUGAAGUUGGUGCCAAUAGCGGUUGCCAUGUUUAUGUUUGGAAGGCUCGUUUACUGGGUCAACCUGAACAUGUGCAGCUUGUGGCGAGGCUUCGGCUCAGGCCUGACCGUCUUCCCGCUCCUCGCCAUGGUGGCUCUCAAUCUGUUCCUCAUGUAUAACCUGAAUCUCAAAGAGCCACUUUUCGUCUCUCAGGACGCCCUCUAUAAUCAGGUCACCCCCUCUUCCUGGUCAGGGGAGACAUCACAGAGGCCGAGUGGCACACCAGACGUCCUACCCACAGACAUCCUGGACUCUCAGUGAGGAGGCAAGCUGCGCCUUCUUCUGUCAGAGGAGGAGAUCUUUCCAAAAAUAGGCCAUUCCUGUGGUCCACAGUUCAGCACAGCUACACACGCUGCCACUAUAACCUCCAAAUCUGUGACGGCUCAACUUGUUCUUUUGCUCCUCCUACAGGACUGUUUUGAUUUUUUAAUGUGGAUUCAUGCUUAUUAUCUGUAAUGUAAGAGCUCUUUGCCCAUGAGUGGUGGACCAACCCUUUGAACAACGCUGUAGUCCUUUUAAGCUAUUCCAGUGCCUAUAUUUAAUGUUUUGAUCUCUUAAAGUGCUUAAAGCCUCUGCGAUAUAUAUAUAUGUACGUAUAUAUAUACAUAUACAGUAUAUAUAUACGUACAUAUAUGUACAUAUAU